CGGGCGUCGGCGCAGUGAGCGGCGGGCAGCGCCAGCGGCAGCGGAAGCGGCAGCGCCGGGCAUGAGUGCGUAGCGCCAGCGCGCGCCCGACCUCCAGCUAGCCAUGUUAGCGCAGAAGCUGUAUUCGUCGGAUCCCGUGUCCGUCGGGGGCGGCGGCGGCGGAGUCGCCGUGUCUGCCGGAGGCGGCGCCGGGGGCGGCACCGGAGGCGGCGUCGUCAUGAGCAGCGGCGGCCAGGCGCCGUCCAUGAGCCCCAUGCCGCCCGCGUACAGCGUCAACCCGGUGGGCUGCCUCUCCAUGAGCUCCAUGAACUCGCCGCAGGGCUUCGGCUCCAACGUGCUGAGCGGCGCGUCCAGCAUGACGUCGAUGGCGACGAUGAACGGCAGCUGCAUGUCGCCCGCGUCAGCUAUGGGCUACGGCGCCAUCGGCUCGCCCAUGGGCAACGCGAACGGCGUCAGCUCGUGCAUGGGCGGCAUGUCGGCGCUGAACGGCUACACGGGCGCGCUGGCGCCGGUGGGCGGCGGGCCCGGUGGCGGCGUGGGGUCGGCGCGAAUGGCGGGCGGCGCCGGGGCGGCCGACCUGGGCGUCGUGGGCGGCGGGCUGGGCGGCGGCGACGCGGGCUCUCCCGGCGCCCUGCAGCGCGCGCGCGGCGACAAGCCCUACCGCCGCUCCUACACGCACGCCAAGCCGCCCUACUCGUACAUCUCACUCAUCACCAUGGCCAUCCAGAACGCGCCCAGCAAGAUGCUCACUCUCUCCGAGAUCUACCAGUUCAUCAUGGACCUGUUUCCGUUCUACCGGCAGAACCAGCAGCGCUGGCAGAACUCGAUCCGCCACUCGCUCUCCUUCAACGACUGUUUCGUCAAGGUGCCGCGCACGCCAGACAAGCCGGGCAAGGGUAGCUUCUGGACGCUGCACCCGGAUUCGGGCAACAUGUUCGAGAACGGGUGCUACCUGCGGCGCCAGAAGCGCUUCAAGGACGACAAGAAGGAGGCGCUGCGGCAGUCGCACAAGCAGCAGCAGCAACAGCAGCAGCAACAGCAGCAGCCGCCGCCGCAGCAGCAGCAACAGCAGCAGCAGCAGCAGUCGCCGGGCGGCGUCGAGGGCAAGAAGUCGCCGUCGCAGGAGCACCACGGCCAGCACCACGGCCACCACGCGCACAAGGCGCUGCCCGACAAGGAGGCGACGGGCGCGCUGGGCGCCAUGCUGGGCCUGCACGCCGUGCCCAAGGUGGAGGCGGCGGCCGACCCGAUGGGCGGGCUGCUGCAGCACGGCGCCGGCGGCGACCUCUGCCUGCAGCAGGCGGCGCUGCACCAGCAGCACCAGGCGCCGCACCAACAGCAGCACCACCAGCACCACCAGCAGCAGCAGGAGGAGCUGGCCGCCAUGAUGGGCCGCUGCCACCCCGCCGAGCUGCUGCACCACCAGCCGCACCACCAGGGCCUGCUGCAGCACCAUCACCACCACCACCACCACCACCUCAAGCAGGAGCCGUACGCGGCCGCGUCGCACCCCUUCUCCAUCACGCGCCUGCUGCCCGACAAGGACAGCUCCAAGGUGUACGACAUGGCGGCGCAGUACGGCUACGGGCCGCUGAGCCCGGUGCACUCGGCGAGCGACGCCGCCGCCGCCGCCGCCGCGGCCGCCGCCUACUACCAGAGCCCGCUGUACCACGCGGCCGCCGCCUCCGCGCCGCCGCCCACCGCCACCUCCUUGUGA